CACGCUUUCCGCACAACACCACCGACUGCACGGAGCCGAUCGUCAACUCCUCCUUGCCGCUGCCUAGUUGCACCUAGACCAUUGCCCAUUAGCAAUUCUCUAGUACAUCAUAUCCUUUGGACGGCAUUGAGGCUGAAACGCUCGACGACGCGGUCGCGACAUCAACGAACGCGAUCUGCGAAUCUCGGUCAUUUUCCAGAGGCGAUUGCCAUGAAGGGUGUCGAUAUGGAGGCGUUGUCCCCUAGGGAUGCUAAUGCCCAACGGCUCCCCCGCGUCCACGAAAUGAAGACGAAGGCGGCUGCCGCGCUCAAGACCGUCAGGGACAAGGAGCACCCCCCACCGCCACCCGGCAAUGUCAUCGAGCCUCCAAGCUCCGACCGCAAGGACGGUGUUGUGUACCAGGUCGGCAAGCUUCUCGGUAAAGGCGGCUUUGCCAUCUGCUAUGAAGGAAAAGCUGCGGGGGCCUCGAAGCGGGUGGCCCUGAAGAUUGUCAAAAGCCAGAUGCCGAGCAAGAUGGAGCAGAAGUUCCAAACCGAACUCCAGAUCCACUCCAAGAUGCGCCACCAGAACAUCGUCCAGUUCCAUCGAGCAUUCACUUUCCGAAGCUGCACCUACCUCGUCUUGGAGCUGUGUCCGAAUGGCUCGCUCAUGGACAUGGUCAAGCGUCGCAAGGGAUUGACUGAGGCCGAAGUACGCUUCUACACCGUCCAGAUCGCUGGCGCCAUCAAGUACAUGCACGCAAAGGGCAUCAUCCACCGUGAUCUCAAGAUGGGCAAUAUCUUUCUCGAUAAGUACAUGAACGCAAAGAUCGGUGAUUUUGGCCUCGCCGCUCUGCUCCUCACGGGCAAAGACAUGCAGGUUAUGCGACGGACGACGCUGUGUGGGACGCCAAACUACAUCGCUCCUGAGAUUUUGGAGAAGGGAAAGAAAGGCCAUGACCACAUGGUUGAUAUCUGGAGCUUGGGGAUCAUUGUAUUUGCAAUGCUCACAUCGAAACCUCCCUUCCAAUCAUCAACGACGGACGAGAUCUAUCGUCGCGCAAAAGACCGCGACUACGAGUGGCCGUCGUCUGAGACCUCGCAGAAGUACAUUAGCCAGGAGGCUAAAGACCUUGUUGCCACAAUGCUCCAGGAUGCCGACCGAAGACCAGAUCCCGAUACGAUAGUAUCUCACCCGUUCUUCACGUCUGGAUACAUGCCGCUCGCUACCGACAUUACGUACAAGCUGCGUGAGCUACCGCCAGAGAAUCCUGCCUUCUACGAGCCGCUUGUGAACUCCCAAGCCCAUUCACUCAAUCUUCAGAACGUCCAGGAGAUGUGCCGAGAGUGUGGUGUCGGGCCGUUGUGCCAGUCGCAAUUGGUAUUCAGGAACAUCUGGAGGGAAAUGGCCGAAGAGGAACAGAACGGGCUGACCCCCGUGAUUCCGCUGGCUGAAGGUGUCGUCUACCGGCCAUUCGACGAGAUCAAAAACGAGCAGAAGCUCCAGGCUCGGCUUGCGGCAGAACAAUUGGCCAAGCAAGCGUCCCAGCUUUCGCUCUCAGACAAACCUGGGGACUUGAAGGAGAGCACGCAAGCCCAGAAGCCAUCGUCAGGGCUGCUCCGCGCUCCACCCCAGAGCUUUGCAGCCCAGCAGAGAGCGCAGCACCGGCCUACCACUACGACGACCAUCUCGCGAUCGAAGACCGUCACAGAGCCCAUUUCCAGAACAAGCGCGGCUUCGCGACCCCGUUCUGGGCGAGAGACGCCCACAGCAUCACUCCCGCCCACGAGCGAGGAGGUUCCGGUAUCAAAGACGUCAACCCGCGGUACCCGCAACCAGGCCGUCACCUCGACCAGAAGCCAAGCCACAGUCGGCUCUGAGGACCCAGCUCCUCGACCGCGACGGUCGGCAUCGACGAGGGAAAAGCGGCAGGAGGAGAGGUUAUCUCUAUUCGGCCCGACCGAAUACCAAGAAGUGGUGCCGGGCUCUCAGCCAGAUAUCGUGCUAGAGCGCCUUCAGAGGCUACAGGCCGAACUCGAGAGGGCGCUCAAUACUCGCACCAUGGCGCUUGUAUCCGCCAGGGACAAGACGCCGCCCGCUCCGCAUAUCGUGGUGAAGUGGGUUGAUUACACAAACAAGUUCGGCUUGGGCUAUGUUUUGAACGACGGGAGUGUCGGGUGCAUCCUCCGGAGCAUCCCAUCGUCAGAUGUAUCCAGUCCUGGAAAGCUGCCUCCGGCUUACCUACUAGUUCACGACGCCGAACGGCACUUCAUGCGCAGGGAUGAUCCGAACUAUAAGGCCAGGCAUCAGAUUGUCCCAAUGAAGGAGGGGAUAUUCUUCUACGAAAACAACGGCGAAAGCGGCAUCUCGCGCGUCCGGGUAGCCCCGGAGAACUUCAUGCUACCAGUCAAUCCAGACGGAACAGUUGGAAAGCUGUCCGCGGGUAAGGACAUCUAUGACCACCGCAAGCGGGAGCGGAUCGUAUUGUGGAAGAAGUUCGCCAACUACAUGAUGGCGUACGGGCGGGAGAUGGAAAGCCCGGAGCAGACCGAUGAGGUUGCCAUUCGUAUCCCUACGAUCACGGACCCAUCGGCCGCGCCCCCCGAUGUUGUCACGUUCUACCAGCGCUUCGGCGAUGUCGGCUGCUGGAUGUUUUCUGACGGACAUAUGCAGUUCAACUUCCCCGAUCACACCAAAAUCGUGCUCGACGCAACGGGAACCUGGUGCCACUUCUGGCACCUGCCGCAGGAAGCCGCCAGAACGCUCGAAGAGAGUGGCACGCUUUCCGAGUCGGCCCUCGACGACAGGGCCGUCCUCUCCUAUCCGCUGCAGACGCUCCUGAACUUCGCCACGGUCCCCAAACAGCCCAAUCGGAGCACGGGCACGUCGUCCCGCCGCCGACCCGAGAUCAGCGCGGACCUCCAGGGCAUCCCCGCCGCCAACCACUUCCGCCAGAAGAUCGAGUUCAUUCGGGAUAUCGUCCGCGAGUGGAACGCCAACGGCGGGAUCGGCCGCUCCGACAUGAGCCGCGAGAAGCGGCUGCGCUGGACGGGCGUGCGGGAGACGCGCAAUGUGCAGAUCCCCGCCAAGCAUGUCUGGGUCACCAUCGGCGCACGCGGAGGGGACGAGCGCGUCGCAGCGCUGGUGGACCCGAGAAGGCCGAGAGAGAUUGGCGAGGAUAUUGACGAGUCGAAGAAGCGCUAGGCCUGUCUGUGGUUUGCCUAUCUAGUUCACUGGCACUGUUUGGUUAACUAGGAGGAGUGUGCAGUUGCGUGAGAGAGGGGGAAGAGUAUAUACCCUGACGGAAAACAGCAUGUGUCAGUCUGUUGUUGUGUUGAUUGUUGUUGUUGGUUUGGCGUAGCGGCGUUAGCAUGGCGCUUGCGGGUGGGGGAUGCAGCAUGUUACGACCUUAUGAACUUGUUUUCUUUUCUUUUCUGGCUGUAGUGUGUCUCCAGAAGACAUC